CGUUUAGAGCUGUAAAAUUGAAAAUAAACCUUCCGCGGGUACUUUUCCAAGCGCUUGAACUCUUCAAAACGUUUCUGCUUUAGUCGGCUCAGCGAAAUCGGCCGCUGCGAUGGAAGCCGUGCCGCGAAUGCCGAUGAUCUGGCUGGAUCUAAAGGAGGCAGGAGAGUUUCAAUUCAGCCCGACUGUCAAACAGUUCAUACUGAAGAACUAUGGUGAGGAUCCUGACAAUUACAAUGAGCAGCUAAAGAAACUGGAGCAGCUGAGACAGAGUGCUGUAAACGUCACACGAGACUUUGAGGGCUGCAGUACGUUGAGGAAGUACUUCGGGCAGCUGCAUUAUCUUCAGAGUCGUGUGCCUCUGGGAUUGGGCCAGGAAGCUGCUGUUCCUAUUUCCUGGACGGAGAUAUUUUCUGGGAAGACGGUGACCCAUGAGGACAUCUGCUAUGAGCAGGCCUGCAUCCUUUAUAAUUUGGGAGCACUUCAUUCAAUGCUGGGAGCCAUGGACAACAGGGUGUCCGAAGAGGGAAUGAAAGUGUCUUGCACACAUUUUCAAUGCUCUGCUGGGGCGUUCGCUUACCUGAGAGAUCACUUCAGCCACAGCUAUAGCGUGGACAUGAGUCAUCAGAUCCUUAACCUCAACAUCAACCUCAUGCUGGGUCAGGCCCAGGAGUGCCUGUUGGAAAAAUCUAUGCUGGACAACAGGAAGAGCUUCCUUGUUGCUCGAAUAAGUGCCCAGGUGGUAGAUUAUUACAAAGAGGCAUGCAGGGCUUUGGAGAACUCUGAAACCGCUUCGAUGUUGGGAAAGAUCCAAAAAGACUGGAAGAAAUUAGUGCAAAUGAAAAUUUACUACUUUGCUGCCAUUGCUCAUGUGGCUUACCUUCAGAGCUCACUAGACAAACUCGGUGAGGCAAUUAAACUAGCUAAGGGUCAGCCAGACAGCGUACAGGAAGCCCUGAGGUUUACUAUGGACGUCAUUGGGGGAAAAUUUAAUUCCGCCAAAAAAGACAACGACUUUAUUUACCAUGAAUCUGUGCCAUCUCUGGAGACGCUGACCUCGGUGAAAGGUGCCCCGCUGGUGAAAGCCUUGCCUGUAAACCCAACAGACCCCAGUGUCACCGGCCCAGACAUUUUUGCAAAGCUGGUGCCAAUGGCUGCCCAUGAGGCCUCCUCUUUAUACAGUGAAGAGAAGGCCAAGUUGCUUCGAGAUGUCAUGGCAAAAGUAGACAACAAGAAUGAGACAUUAGAACAGUUCAUGGACUCUCUUGGUUUGGACCCAGAGUCAGUGGACAAUAUGGAAAUGUAUAAUACCCUUCCGACUGUGCUGAUGGAAAAAUGUGCAGCACUGAGUGUGAGACCUGAUACUGUAAAGAACCUCAUCCAAUCAAUGCAAGUCCUCUCGGGUGUGUUCACUGAUGUGGAAGCCUCUCUGCGAGAAAUUCGAGAUGUCUUGGAUGAGGAUGAGACAGAGGAGCAAAGCUUAGAAGAGGCUGUCGGGAAGCAGGCUGUACCAGAACGGCCGUCGACCCUAGCUGAGCUGCGGAGGGACCUGGAAAAAUAUUUAGAAGCCCAUGAAAAAGCUAGCUUUACCAACACAGAACUUCAUCGGGCCAUGAAUCUGCACAUUAGCAACCUGAGACUCCUCGGUGGUCCACUGGACACUCUUAGAGAGGCAUUGCCAAGACCUCAACUCAGUGAGGAUGAGAUGGCAGGUCUCCAGACUAUGAAAAGAAUUUUGGGUAAAGUGCAAGAGAUGCGGGACCAACGAAGUUCUCUCGAGAAACAGCUUAGAGACCUUAUUCAGCAAGAUGACAUCACUACUGCUUUGGUCACGACUGAGCGUGCUGACAUGAAGAAACUGUUUGAGGAGCAGCUUAAGAAGUAUGAGCAGGUCAAAGUAUACAUUGAUCAGAACCUGGCAGCUCAAGAGAAUAUCCUGAAGGCACUGACAGAAGCUAAUGUACAGUAUGCCACUGUUCGGAAGGGCCUGACAGAAACUGAACACAAAUGGAACAGCACUGUGCAGAUGCUUGUGGCAUCCUAUGAAGCCUAUGAAGAUCUAAUGAAGAAAUCUCAGGAGGGCAAAGAGUUUUAUGAAGAUCUUGAAACAAAAGCUUCUCGCUUGUUGGAGAAAUCCAAGACUGUCUGCAAGGCCCGAAAGGAGGAGAGACAAGCAAUUACUGAAAGAGAGCUCAAGAAAAAGGCUCCUCAAAGACCCACUGCCCCAAAGCCUGCCCAGAACAAAGGCCAAAAUAUGGGUCCUUCAAUUUCAGAUGACCCUGAACUGGCUGAGCUGAGUGCUGCUAUCCUAGCCCUUGGUGGAGAUCUCCCAGAAGAACUACGCAGCCUGCCUCCUGAACUCACCAUUCCGUCAUCUGCUCAUCCAGUUUCUGGAGCUGCUCCUGGCUCUGUUCUGCGCUGGCCUGGAGCUAAUUCAACCUUACACUAUGGGCAGCACCGUUUUCCCCAAAAUUUACCACCCCCUGAAGUUCUUGCUCAAAUUUCUCGUUUUCCAACACCCCCUCUGUCUCAGAGUUUCAGUCCCAGUGUUCCCCAGCCUUCUCUAAUGCAGCAACAGUUUCCACAGAUGCCUAACCCUCAGGUCCUUCCUCCACCACCUGUGUCUGGGUACCACCCUCAACCUUCACAAAAUCAACCUGGUCCAUCAGUUACUGCAGUUCGUCCUUCCACUACUACAGUGGAUAGCAUUCAGACACCAAUUACUAGCUACAGUCCUGCAUCUGCCCAGGCAGUUAUGCCUUCUCCUGGCCAGCACCAAGUGCCGCAUCCCAUUUCUUCUGUAUAUGCAACUCCACCUCAGAUGGCACCCCAUGUCCAGUACAUGCAGCAACCUGGUGUUCCAAUGAGUCAGCCCCCACAGGCAAUGCCAGCCCCUCAUCCACAGCCUCAACCUCAAGUAUUUGCUCAACAAGGGGGUCAAAACCAACCACAGCCAUUUUAUCCACAAGCCGUUUUACCAAGUCAACAGCAAAUGCCAAGACCUUUGACAGGGUCGCAGCCUUCACAGCAUACUACACCUCAAUUUCCACAAUACAUAAGACAACCAGGACCACCAAACUUUCAGCAACCUCAGAUGCAAGGACAGUUUAGAGCACCACCUUCCCAUGCUCCACCCCAUCAGGGAUAUCCCCCUGUUUCAUUUGUUCCAAAGGCCCCACUUCCACAAGUUAACACUAUCAACCCAGGCCAGAUGUCCCAUUCUGGCGUUAGUCCACAAAUGCCACUAUCUUCCCAUCCAGUUCCCCCUGUGUCAAUGCCACACUUGGCUCAUGUUAAUCAGCAUAUUCCUCCAUCCUCCCAGCCAGUGCCCUCAAUGUCAAUGCCACAUUUAGCACGUGUUAAUCUGCAAAUUGCCCCAUCCUCCCAACCAGUGUCCUCUGCCUCAAUGCCACACUUAGCACAUGUCAGUCAACAGAUUCCUCCUGCUUCACAGCCCCAACCACCUCCUGUUAAUCAUUUGUCUCAUCCUCCUCACCGUCAGAUACACCCAUCCUCUCAUCAUUUAGGCCCCACGCCUCAUAUGCAGAUACCUGCUGCCCCAACACAGAUGCCUCCUCCCCAACAGCCUCAAAUGCAUGCAUCAUCCACUCACAUGUCUCCUCCUCAUCCACAGAUGCCCUCAGUCUCUCAGCCACCACCUCACUGCCCCCAAUCCCAUAUAAUUCCUGCUCAUCAACCAAAUCAACAACCACCAUACCCAGCAGUUCCAAUGCAGGCUACUGUUCCUAUUCAACCUCAGGCACCCCAUGGCUCACUCCCUUCACAAGUGCAAAUACACCCUAACACUCCUUCACAGCAUCAAAACCACCCUCAUCCUCAAAUCAUUCCCCAGUCCUGUCCUCCAGCUCUCCCUCACAAUAUGUACAAACCUCAGCCAACUAUUACACCUAUCUCUGCACCUAUGAGUUUUCCAGGAGGUGUCCCUAUGGUUCCCCAUCAGUCUGUGCCCUCUCUGCAACCUCAGUCUCAGCCACCCUCUUCAAAGCCUUUAGUCCCACAACAGCUUCCCCCAGGAGGACCAAUAUCUUAUGCUGUUCCACAAGUUGGGAAUAUUCCCCCUGGAGCAAUGCAACAUCCCGUUGCAACUGCUUCCCCUGGGCCACAAAGCAUGAUACCUCCAUCCUCAGGAGCACCAGGGGCACCACAGCCCCAUGUAUUGCCUUCUCCUGCUCCGUCACCUUCUCCAUCUCCUGGUCCUCCCUCCCUUGGUAUGACCACACAGAGACCAUCUCCUGCUCUUACACCAGUUGGAGGAGCAGCAAUGCCACAGUCUUCUGUUCAGGGUCCAGCACCCACUGGUACCAUGCCUCAACCUGACUCCACAUUGUUUCAGCGACAGAACUCUAGUACUGAUGAUUUGCUCUCCUCAAGUCCUGAGAGCCAGCAUGGAGGCACAAAGGACACCGCCUGUGUCUUAUUACCAACCAAAGCUGAUCCCCAAGAGGAACAUCACAGAAAAAAAGCAGAGGGUGUGAGACUUAUUCAGGGUGACCCUUAUCAAGCACCAGAGAGGGUUUCAAAACUCAGCGCACAGCUUGAGAGAUUUCGUUCAACCGUCCAAUCCUUAGAGCGCCCAACAGGGGAGGGUGGUCUGUCCGAACUUGAUGCUCAAUGGAAAGAAUUGCAGGAGCAGCAGGAAAAGGAUACUCGGCAGCUCUCCAUUGCUAUUGCUCGUUGCUACACUAUGAAGAACCGCCAUCAGGAUGUGAUGCCUUAUGACUGCAAUCGCGUUGUCUUGCAUUCUGGUAAAGACGAUUAUAUAAAUGCCAGUUUCACUGAGGACCUAUCUCCAUAUUGCCCCCGGCUCAUUGCAACACAGGCUCCCCUCACCGGCACUGCAGCUGACUUCUGGCUAAUGGUUUAUGAGCAGAAGGUUUCUGUAAUCGUCAUGCUAGUGUCUGAGCAAGAACUAGAGAAGCAAAAAGUAUUGCGCUACUUUCCAUCAGAGAGAGGCCAGCAACUUGCUCAGGGGCCAAUCACCCUUACACUGACCACCCAGAAGAGCACUCCUACACACAUUGAACGCAUGAUAGGACUGCAGUAUCGGGACCAAAGUCUAAGACGCACCGUUGUGCACCUUCAGUUUACAUCAUGGCCUGAACUGGGCCUUCCAGAGAGUAAAAGCAACCUUAUCCGCUUCAUUCAAGAAGUGCAUGGACAUUAUCUGCUUCAGCGUCCAUUACACACUCCUGUUGUGGUGCACUGCAGUUCUGGUGUUGGCCGCACUGGAGCCUUCUGCCUGCUUUAUGCAGCCUUACAAGAAAUUGAGGCAGGCAAUGGUAUACCUGACCUGAUCCAACUGGUGAGGAAAAUGAGGCAGCAGAGGAAGAACAUGCUGCAAGAAAAGCUUCACCUCAAAUUUUGCUACGAGGCCGUUCUUAAACAUACAGAACAGGUUCUUCAACGUCACGGCAUCAUUACAUCACCUUGCACCAGGACCCCAAACAACAUUACACUAAAGUCAUACUCGCGACAGGAAUCUCAAGACAUUGUUCUGGGAGGAGACAUGCCUAUUAGCUCUAUACAGGCUACUGUUGCCAAACUAAGCAUUCGACCACCAAGUGUUGACCAUGAGCAGGAGCCCAGCCAGGAUCAAAUGCCCUUUACUUCAGAAGUGGCAGGUUUAGGGGAACCAGAUCCCACAGAUGUGCCACUUCAACCAUCUCAGGACCCUCUUUGUUGUGAAACUAUGCCUGAUUCCAUCAGUCCGCCCCUCUCUUGCACUUCUUCUCCAGGCAAGACACAAUCACCUUCACCUCCUAGUGGUCAAGGAAAUGGGUUUAACGGGUCUACUCCUGCCUCUCCUGUCUCAAAUCACCACCCGUCCAAUGAAGCAACACCUCGUGGGCCUUCUCCACCCACAUCCUCCUCUUUAGAUCUGCUGGCUUCUCUUACACCUGAAGCCUUCACACUGGACAGUGCCCAUCGAGGCAAGCAAAGGAUUAACAAGCAAAGCUUCCUACAGCCACAAGAAGGCAAAGGCCUGCAGGGACCUCCAGAGGGCGAUGAUCCACUCAGUAGUUUGGAUCCUCUGUGGACUCUUAACAAAAGCUGAAACAACACAACACAAGUCUCUUUUAUCUUCUCCCCCACAGGCAGUCCUCUUUUGAAUCGUUUCAGACCCCGUGAACCAUCUUGUUCAUGUCUAUUGGACCUCAUCACUGUGUGUCUGCUUGUGUCCUGAUAAGUCUAUUCUGUCGGCACUUUUCCAGCACUGAUCCUGGUGUUUCAGGUUACAUUCCGUAAAUCCAGUCUUGUCUCCUAGCAUGCACUCCUAAUGCCAUGUUGUUUGUGAUUGCCUGUAAGGUGCCUGAGUUUGGUUCUGUUGCAGUUGGCUUUUGCCUGUACACCAAAAGACUGAGAGUGGAUAAAGUAUGAUAGAAACUGACACCCAAGAAAGCUUAUAAACUAUCUGACUGAGCGACUGUCUGCUCACCCUUUGUACACAUGCUGCUUGCACUGUGGGUUGCAUAUUAUUAGUCACUGCACCUGUCCUUGAGCUACAGUGAUCUGCGACUUGUAUGUAGGGACAGAUUGAAGCUGGUGAUGAAAAUACUACUUGAUAUGUCUUGAUGUACUCGUCAUACUUACAAAACACUCACAUUUCUGAAUCUCUUCAGAAAUCAUAGCAUUUUUAUGAGUUGAUUCUAACUUGUCAUUCUUUGAACUGUGUAAAUAAAUCUUAACAAAUGUCAA